CAAUAUGAGAACUGGCGACCAAACCAGCCAGACAGCUUCUUUUCUGCUGGAGAAGAUUGUGUGGUUAUAAUCUGGCAUGAGAACGGGCAGUGGAAUGAUGUACCAUGCAAUUAUCACCUUACCUAUACCUGCAAGAAAGGAACAGUCGCUUGUGGUCAGCCUCCUGUUGUGGAAAAUGCGAAGACCUUUGGGAAGAUGAAAUCUCGCUACGAGAUCAACUCUCUUAUCAGAUAUCACUGCAAAGAUGGUUUCAUCCAGCGUCACAUUCCAACUAUCCGGUGUCAAGGGAAUGGAAGAUGGGAUAUGCCUAAAAUUACUUGCAUGAAUC